CCAAAAUGAGAAGUGUUUCUCCAUAAACGGAAACUCCAGUGAGACAGCCCAAACGAGCCCACAGUUGCUAUUAAACUUCCCUAUAACUUGACAACUUCUCAUUUUCCCAGUCAGACAUCCUGAUCUAUUCUCCAUAAUAGCUACAUAACGCUGUUGCUCCUUUUCACUCUAUAGUUCUAUGCAGGAGUUUAUCAGUGUUUGGGUGCGGGAUCCUCGCAUUCAAAAAGAGGACUUCUGGCAUGCCUAUAUGGAUUAUGAAAUCUGCGUACAUACAAACAGUUUGGCCUUCACUAAGAAGAGCUCUUGCGUGCGGAGGAGAUACAGUGAGUUUGUGUGGCUGAGGCAGAAGCUGCAGGAUAAUGCCCUGCUCUUAGUGCAUUUACCUGAGCUUCCCCCAAAGAACCCCUUCUUCAGCCUGAACAAUGCCAGACAGAUUUCCGCCCGCAUGGAGGGACUGAGGCACUUCCUGGAAGAGAUUGUGCGCAGUCCAGUGCUGCUGUCUGACAGUUGCCUGCACCUGUUUCUUCAGUCUCAGCUGAGCGUGAGGAAGAUCGAGGCAUGUGCUGAGGGCAGAAGCCGAUACACCGUCGCUCAGGCCAUUCAGAACUCUGGCUCCCGGGCCCAACGUUUUGGCUCUGAUGAAAACAUACAAGAGGAGGGAGAGACUGACUCAGAGUGACUGGGUUUAUUUCACAUUCAUUCUGGGCCAUAGCUUUUAAAUAUACUCUGACUCAAAGCUCAUAGUAGCACAUUCAAUCAUACUGCAAUGUAUGUGCCACAGCUGCUUGAGUUCAGGCCAAAUGUGAAGAAAGCAAGAAUGUACAUGCAGGAAAUGAAUGAUAAAUGAUAGUUUUUAAAUUGUGUGUUCAUUUCCAGAGCUGCUUCUCCUCUUUCCUACUCUUUUUUGACCUAAUGUCUAGAUGUAUCAACAUAACACAUAAUGUAAUUACUUAUUACAUAGGCUUAAAAGGCUGAGUUUAUGUAAGAAUAUCCAGAACGCAGUCUCACUCAGAACCACAGAUGGGCCCUGAGAGGUUUAUUGGAAGUAAUUUACAGACUAUGCUUGCAAAUUAUGUCCCUAAACUAUAAUGUGCUGAACUAAGUGAGGCGUCUGAGAACUGAAAUCUAAUUCCUUUUUUCAGAUCAUGUGUUUACUUUUUGUAAGCUCAAAGAUCAUAACCUAGAUGUCUAAAAUGCAAUUUUUCCAUUGUUAAAGUUAAUGAUUGUUUAAGAUGAUGUACAUUUUUGGCCAGCAGAUGGCACUUCUGCUAUGCUUGUUUCUGUACGGCCAGCCCACUGAUCUUCAGUCCUUUGUUUCUGUUCAGUUUGGACAAGCACCGGACAUGUUAUGUUAUGUUGAUGUGAGUGUAAGUGUUUUACAUGUGGAAUUUUCUGACAUGAAGUUUUAGAAUAGAUAAAAAAAAAAAUCUUGUGUCUUGUCUUUGUGACAUAAAGUUUGGUGGUUUUGUAAAUGUUCAGAAGCCAAAUGAUACACAAAAUAGACAAUUAAAAAAUAAUACUCCACAUCCAUAGCAUAUGGUUGAUUACUAUAGACAUUUAAUUCUACAUAUUUCCCUGUACUUAGAAAAGAACGGAAACCUAUUGACCUAUUGAGUUGCGUAAACAUCUGCCUAUUGACUUCCAUUAUAAGAGCGCUUUUGAAAAUGCUGUACCAUUCCUUUAAAGUCAAACCCAGUCC